UCAGAUCCAUGUGGCAGAUCCCUGCACUGAUAUGGGAAUCAACAAAGAAGGAGUUGGUAGAAGUAAAGGCGGGUUCUGGAGUCCAGGGGGAGUGUAAUGCAGUUAGUGCUGCAGGAGUGACGGUUUCUGCAAGGUCGGGGGAGACUGAUUGGGAAACCGCACACAGGCGUCUAGGGCAUGUGGCUAUGCCAUUGCUGCAGCAACUGCAUAAGGAAGAAGCAGUAAAGGGGCUCAAGCUUUCUGGGCAACCAAAUGAUACCAAGUGCGAGACAUGUCUGCUGAGCAAGUUCACACGGUUCCCCUUUCACGGCGUAGCUGGGAAAAGCAAGGCAGCACUGGAACUGGUGCAUAUGGACCUCGUAGGACCUUUUCCAUUCCGAGGAAGUAAGGGGGAAAGGUACUUCCUGACAAUAGUUGAUGACUGGAGUCGGCUGAUGUGGGCAUACCCGUUGAAGCAGAAGGAUCAUGCUGCCUCAACAAUACGAGAUGAUUGGCUGCCGUUCGUCGAGCGACAAUCUGGGCACCCAUGCAAGAGCAUCAGAACCGACCGAGGUGGAGAGUUUCUAGGAGGAGAUCUGACUGCGUGGCUCAAGAAACAAGGCAUUGAGCAUCAGCUAACGACGUCCUAUACCCCUCAGUCAAAUGGCGUUGCUGAGAGGGCUAAUAGGACCAUCCUGGAAACUGCGCGAGCGCUGCUGAUCGAAUCAGGGCUGGGGAACUCCAUGUGGCCUCAUGCGGUGAGGCAUGCUACAGUGGCAAGGAACCGCGUACUCACAAAGGUGGCUGAUGAUAUGUGGGUGCCGCUGGAGAGGUGGCUUGGAAAGAAGCCUCCAGUGGACAUGCUUCGAGUGUUCGGAUGCAUGGCAGUGGCGCAUGUCCCUAAACCGUACAGGACAAAGCUUGGAGCAUCUGCACUUUGGUGUGUGCACCUUGGGCUCGCGGCAGAGAGCAAGGGGUGGCUACUCUGGGAGCCCUCAAAGAAUGUGCUGUUUGACAGUCGGGAUGUCAAAUUUGUGGAGAACAUCAUGUAUGGCAAGUGGGAGAAGCAGCCGGAGGCAAGGGUCACCCAGCAGCUGGAAGAGAUCACUAUGCACUUCGAUCUGUCCGAACCUGCGGACAGCGAAGUCACUGCGCCAACGGCAAGCGGUACUGAUGAAGGAAGCAAUGAGGAUAUUGCAGCUGAUGCUGAAGUCAAUGAUCCGGAGCAGCAGCAGCAAGAGGCUUCCAAAACACCAAGUCUGCCAAAGCGAAGGAAACAGAUUGGUGGGGGGACAAAGGAUUGGGUGAAGGUGAAAGAAUGGGUAAAUCCAACCAUCUACCCUGCACGUACCAGCAUGGCAACGAGAAAGCUGUUGAGCUCCACAAGUGGAGGAGCCACAACUGAGCAGCAGGAACAGGCUCAAGGCGAAGAUGCAGUGCUGUUCUUGGGUGAUGACCAAGAGUCAGAUGACGAGGAGCCUGCAUACUGCUUUUACGCACCAAUACAACCUCCGAGCAUGGAUCAUGCGCUAGCCGGGCCUCAACGGGGGAAGUGGCUCGUUUCAAGAGAUGCAGAGUACAACAGCCAGAUGGAGAAUCACACAUGGGACCUGGUGUACUUGCCAAAUGGGAAGAAGGCAAUACAGUGCAAGUGGCUGGCAAAAAUCAAGACGGAUGAGAAAGGAGAGCCAUCAGUUUACAAGAGCAGGCUGGUGGCAAAGGGGUUUCAGCAGAAAGAGAAGGAAGAUUACAAAGAAGUGUUUGCCCCAACUGCUAAGUCUCCAACGCUACGUGUGCUGCUGGCGGUAGCUGCUGUGCGCAAAUGGAAGGUGAAGCAGAUGGACAUCGUAACCGCUUUUCUGUACGGCAUUGUGGAAGAGGAGGUGUACAUGGUUCAACCACCUGGCUAUGAGGAUGGAACCGGUCGUGUCUGCAAACUUAACAAGGCCAUCUAUGGCUUGAAGCAGGCCCCGAGAUGCUGGUACAACAGGCUGGCCAGUGCACUGGAAGGGAUUGGAUUCCGUGCGAGUGCAUGCGACGAGAGCCUGUUCCUGAUGGGAGAGGGGGAGUCACUUGUGCUUCUGCUGGUGUACGUGGAUGACAUCCUGCUCUUCAGCAGCAGUGACAAGGAGAUCGAUGGGGUGCAGCGGAAGCUCACAGAGCAGUUCAAGUGCAAGUCACUUGGACAGGCAAGGUACUACCUGGGAAUGCAUAUUGAGCGGGAUACUGAACGUGGCUGGCUCAAACUGCAUCAGGGACAAUACAUCAACACCUUGGCUGAGAAGUACUCUCUGCAGGAAGAACGGGAAGUGGUCACACCUUUGCCUUCCGAGUUCAAACUCAUAAAGGCAGCUGAAGGAGAAGGAGUUGAGAGUGAAGACCAGAGGCAAUUCCAAUCCAUGGUCGGGAGCCUACUCUACGCUGCUGUGCAUACUCGGCCUGACAUCAGCUUUGCUGUGGGACAGCUGGCUCGAGUAGUGCAAAAUCCAACAGAAGAGCAGUGUGGUGCAGCGGAGAGAGUGGUGCGCUACCUCAAGUCAUACCCUACAGUGGGAGUACAGUAUUCAGCCUCUGCUCAACUCAGUCAAAAAGGAAUUGAAGUCGUCAAAGAGAAGGGGGAGCAGCUCGGAGAAGGAAAGGUGUUCCUUUCCUGUUUUGCUGAUGCCACGUGGGCUUCUGAGCAUGAGGAUUCAUCAUCAGUUCGUGGAUACAUCUGCAUGGUGGGAGGUGGGCCUGUAAGUUGGAGGUCCAAGAAGCAGUCUGAGACGGCACUAUCUUCAGUGGAAUCUGAGUACAUGGCGAUGUUUCAUGCGGCAAAAGAAAUCAUCUGGCUAAGGAGGCUCUUGAAGGAGAUCGGCCAUGAACAGACUUGUGCGACACCUCUGUUCAGUGAUAGCAAGGGAGCCAUUGCCAUGGCACGCAAUGCAGUUGUUCAUGGGUUGAACAAGCACAUGAGGAUCAAGUGGCAUUGGCUGCGGAAGGAGGUGAAGCUUGGGACACUGGAUCCGAUCUACGUGAAAACUCAGCAACAGCCAGCCGACUUCCUUACCAAGCGGCUAGCUGAAGAGCCACACUGGCGCUGUGUGAGGAUGGCGGGAAUGUCCUUGAACUAGAGACGGCGAAACAAGCCGACAGUCUGAGGGGGAGUGUGUUGGUGCAUAUUCAUUUGCACGUCAUCCUGUCGUCUGUUCGCAUCAUUUCGUUUGCAUGUGUUUUGUGUGCUACGUUGUUUGUAUGGUUUGUUGGGUUUGCAUGUCUUUGCAUGUUCAUCUUGUGCUUGUGCAGAUGUGCUUGGAUUGUGCAUGACAUCGAGCACAUUCCAACGAGCCAAGAAUUGUUGGAAUCGGAGCACAUAUGAAGAAGUUACGAAGAAAUGUUUGAUGGAUUUGUUACAACUCAUUGGAAGUCCUUGUCAGCUGCUAGACCAAAGUUGGAGAGCCCUAUAACGAGGAGGGACCAGCAUGUGUGGGACUUUUGUCCCCACCUUGCAGCUGCAGCAUUUGGGGUUUGGAGGCCAACCUGGCACAGUGUGAAUUUUGUCUUGCCAGGCUGGCUGAACCUGAGGAUGGGGAGUCAAAACUUUGACUCUUGUCAUGUUCUUGACCAUGGGCCUCCAGGGUCCUUCUCUUUCAUCCUUCCCUUCCUACCCCACCUUCCAACUGUGCUUCAAUGCCUUUUCUAUCAUGCCUCUGAUCUUGUAAGCUUCAAUCAUAGUGACUCUGAGGACUGUCAACUUCUCCUAGGGCAGAUUACCCCCCAGUGCGCCAAACGCCAUAGCUCACUCGUUAAGCUACGGAAUCGAGUGAUUCAACUUUCAGUGGAAAGCUGACGCUGCCAGCGACAACAUAUCCGAUUUUCAGAUCGUUUCACCGAUUGGAGUUUUGGAUAUAGCUAUUCGAAGGUCGCGAGUUUUCUGGGCGUCAUAACGAAGUGCUGCAGAAAUUUCCAAGGAGCCAUUGAAUCAUCUGCUUAUAGCCUUCUCUAACCAACAGUUAGUGUCCUCUCUCGGUACGUCUCCCCCGGACGCUACACUGCCUCGCAUUGGUCUGCAGCCAAGAGGGUCCUCUGCUAUCUACAAGCCACCAAGUCUCACAUCCUCACUCUUGGUGGUACCUCUCCAGUCAAGCUCGAGGGAUACACAGACUCCUCAUGGGCCGAUGACCAGACUGACAGACGCUCCUCCCAAGGGUACUGCUUCACCCUUGGUAGCGGAGUCAUCAGCUGGCGCUCCACUCGGUCCUCUGCAGUUUCCCUGUCGUCCUGCGAGGCCGAGCUCUACGCGGGCACAAUGGCUGCUCAAGAGGCACGCUGGCUCUCCUUUCUCCUCGCUGAGUUAGGCUACCCCCAGCAGUCGCCCACCCUGUGGUGUGACAAUCAGAGCGCCAUUCACUUCACCAAGGAUCCUGUGUUCCACUCUCGCACCAAGCACAUCGAACUUCGUCAUUUCUUCAUCCGAGAUCUUGUUCAGAGUGACCAGCUGACGGUACGGUACAUCGCCUCAGAUUGCAACCUCGCCGACCUCUUUACCAAGGCUCUCGGCAAGGCUGACCACCAUCGUCUUCUCCGUUCCAUGGGGCUAUGUGCUCCUUGACCGGGUUUGCAGUCUAUGGGGGUGUGUUAGAAAUAGAAUGCAAAUACCAUUCUUGUAUUUGUACUUUUAUAUCCUAGUUUAGGUUAUGAAUGUUCUAGUGGGUUGGGGUGUACUCACAAAUCCCAACCUCACCCAAUUGUGAUCCCCCCAAUCUCCAAUUACCCAAUUGGAGAUUCCGGAGAUCCCAAUGGGGAUUCCCUCCAAUUCCCCCUUCAUCCAUUCAUUCUCACCUUGCCAUGUACUUA